GCUCGCGCGACUAGGCGUGUUCGCGUCAAGCGGCGGGGCCCCUCUUCGGGGAACCCAAAAUAAAAAGUGGGACGUGACACAGUGUGUCGCUCUGACCAGCGCGUUCGUCUUUUUUUUUUUAUUGCGGCUAAUAUUUAAUUUCUGGGGAUGUUUGAAGAAACGGUGGUUAAUAAAAAUGUGAACGCCGAGCUUCUGAUCUCGGCCGUCGAGGAGCGCCCCGUUCUAUGGGACAGCAGCCUGAAGUUGUACAAGUGCAGGAUCUCAACGGCCAAAGCAUGGGACGAGGUGUGCACAAUAAUGAAUCCCGACUUUCAGGAAAUGGACGAAAGGGCUAGGAGUGAAUACGGUAAGACCGCGUGAUGACGUAAUGAUACGGUAAUGUCUAGUCUUAUUUAAAUAUUACAUAUACUAUAAAACUGGGUUUACGCCAAGGCCAACUGGUUACGGAGAGGGGGCCAACUUCAAGGGGGCGCCAAAUUUCCAUAGAGAGAACCUUUAUCAAUUGUGAAUUAAAUGAUAGAAAAAUAAUUAUUAUCAUGCACGGUAUUUGGCCGUACUCAUCGGGACUUACAAAGUGAAGGGGUGCCAAAUUCGUCAUUUUACAAGGCCUACCAUGGGCGGCAGUUUUUUCUAUAGGAUGAGGGGGUCCUGAUUUCAGGCAUCGCCUUUUUUUUCUGUUAAAAAAAUUAAACCUUUAAUGUGUGGAUAUUACGUUUACGGACAGACAGACUAUACAAUAUAAUGUAUAGAGAGGACAGAUAGGCUAUCGGCUAUACAACAUAAUAUAUAGAGAGGUUCAACGUUGGCGACUGCCGUUAAAACGAAUGAAUGUAUGGCAAUCAAAGUCUAUGUAGUAUAUGAUAAGUAUGACUUUGGGAUGAUUACUUGGGCGUCGUAGUGCAGCUCACAUGCCCCAUCUGUCUCGGCACCAGCAAUGCAUUGUGGCAUGUAAUGAUCUCAAUGUGAUAGUUGUUGUGCACCCAUAUGUUGAAAAUAGCAUCGUUAAAAACCCCAUCUGGCAAGAUAUACGAAAGGGAAUUAAACUAUUAAUUAUGAUAUGAUUACUAAUAAAUGCAAGGAUCUACAGUUGACAGUCUGGCUCAGUGGCGUAGCAACGGGGGGGGGGGGGGGUGGGGGUGGCGGGGGGUGCUGGGGAGGGGGCGUAUGAACGUAAAAAAGUUUCAACUAGGACUAGAGUCUAUUAUCAAGGGCGGUAUUAGAGAGAUAUUUUAUUUUGAUGACGUGGUGUGACAUGAAAUAACAAGCUCAUUGCAGCCCUGUGACAGAUGGAAUAAUAUUCUGGUACACAAAAAACAACAAAGUUGAAGUUGUUCGCUUUGAGCCUUCCUCCAGGCACAAAUAUUUUAUUUAAAAAUGUGCUUUAGCUUUCCUGGGUGCACAAACAUUCAUUAAAAAAGGCUUUAAGAGAUUUGUUGUUGUUAAAAUGAGAAAUACAACUUCUUGUACCCUGGAAAAGAGGAAAUUUUAUACAGAUUUAUUGUAAAAAAUAUAUAUUUUUUAAGCAGCUAUUGUGCUCUUAUGCAUAUAAUUGUAAGUAAAGUUUAUUAUUAGUCAGAUUCAAUAAAUCUCUUAUUAAUAUUUAAAUGAUCCUCUCAAUUAAUUAUUUUUUUAAAUGUCGCUCCUUGAGAUUUGUUGCACACAAAAAAAUACAUAGUUUUGUUUGGUCAUAUAGUUCAUCCACCACUGCAACUAUGACAGUUUCUCAUUUGGUCAUAUAGUUCAUCCACCACUGCAACUAUGACAGUUUCUCAUUUGGUCAUAUAGUUCAUCCACCACUGCAACUAUGACAGUUUCUCAUUUGGUCAUAUAGUUCAUCCACCACUGCAACUAUGACAGUUUCUCAUUUGGUCAUAUAGUUCAUCCACCACUGCAACUAUGACAGUUUCUCAUUUGGUCAUAUAGUUCAUCCACCACUGCAACUAUGACAGUUUCUCAUUUGGUCAUAUAGUUCAUCCACCACUGCAACUAUGACAGUUUCUCAUUUGGUCAUAUAGUUCAUCCACCACUGCAACUAUGACAGUUUCUCAUUUGGUCAUAUAGUUCAUCCACCACUGCAACUAUGACAGUUUCUCAUUUGGUCAUAUAGUUCAUCCACCACUGCAACUAUGACAGUUUCUCAUUUGGUCAUAUAGUUCAUCCACCACUGCAACUAUGACAGUUUCUCAUUUGGUCAUAUAGUUCAUCCACCACUGCAACUAUGACAGUUUCUCAUUUGGUCAUAUAGUUCAUCCACCACUGCAACUAUGACAGUUUCUCAUUUGGUCAUAUAGUUCAUCCACCACUGCAACUAUGACAGUUUCUCAUUUGGUCAUAUAGUUCAUCCACCACUGCAACUAUGACAGUUUCUCAUUUGGUCAUAUAGUUCAUCCACCACUGCAACUAUGACAGUUUCUCAUUUGGUCAUAUAGUUCAUCCACCACUGCAACUAUGACAGUUUCUCAUUUGGUCAUAUAGUUCAUCCACCACUGCAACUAUGACAGUUUCUCAUUUGGUCAUAUAGUUCAUCCACCACUGCAACUAUGACAGUUUCUCAUUUGGUCAUAUAGUUCAUCCACCACUGCAACUAUGACAGUUUCUCAUUUGAUCAUAUAGUUCAUCCACCACUGCAACUAUGACAGUUUCUCAUUUGAUCAUAUAGUUCAUCCACCACUGCAACUAUGACAGUUUCUCAUUUGGUCAUAUAGUUCAUCCACCACUGCAACUAUGACAGUUUCUCAUUUGAUCAUAUAGUUCAUCCACCACUGCAACUAUGACAGUUUCUUAUUUGGUCAUAUAGUUCAUCCACCACUGCAACUAUGACAGUUUCUCAUUUGAUCAUAUAGUUCAUCCACCACUGCAACUAUGACGGGUUCAUUUGGUCAUAUAGUUCAUCCACCACUGCAGCUAUGACAGUUUCUCAUUUGGUCAUAUAGUUCACCCACCACUGCAACUAUGACAGUUUCUCAUUUGGUCAUAUAGUUCAUCCACCACUGCAACUAUGACGGUUUCAUUUGGUCAUAUAGUUCAUCCACCACUGCAACUAUGACAGUUUCAUUUGAUCAUAUAGUUCAUCCACCACUGCAACUAUGACAGUUUCUCAUUUGGUCAUAUAGUUCAUCCACCACUGCAACUAUGACAGUUUCAUUUGAUCAUAUAGUUCAUCCACCACUGCAACUAUGACGGGUUCAUUUGGUCAUAUAGUUCAUCCACCACUGCAACUAUGACAGUUUCAUUUGAUCAUAUAGUUUAUCCACCACUGCAACUAUGAUGGGUUCAUUUGAUCAUAUAGUUCACCCACCACUGCAACUAUGACAGUUUCUCAUUUGAUCAUAUAGUUCAUCCACCACUGCAACUAUGACAGUUUCAUUUGAUCAUAUAGUUCAUCCACCACUGCAGCUAUCACAGUUUCAUUUGAUCAUAUAGUUCAUCCACCACUGCAACUAUGACAGUUUAUCAUUUGGUCAUAUAGUUCAUCCACCACUGCAACUAUGACAGUUUCUCAUUUAUCAUAUAGUUCAUCCAACACUGCAACUAUGACGGUUUCAUUUGGUAAUAUAGUUCAUCCACCACUGCAACUAUGAUGUUGAAAUAUAUAAUGUGUUUACAAUGUAAUCUUUCCUUGGUAUGAUGAAGCAUGAUUAGAUUGAGGUCCUUGAGGCUCUGGUCACAGACAACAUAGGGACACAUAGAUGUUCUUGCAUUGUCCUUGGAUUGAGAUACCGGUAGUGAUAGUUCGUAGUAAUGGGCUGGGGCCCCUUAAGCCCUUGGCCUAAAGGAUCCAACAUUGAGUACGAUGCGAGAAAUAAAGAAGACAAAAGUAAACAUGGAAAAAAUACCCCUUCUACUUCUAUGUUUAUCAUUUAUUUUAUUUUAUGCUUAUAAGCCAAAGCCCGCUUCUUUAGUCAUUCGGUCUUGAUUUCAAUAUGAAAGUUUAGGUGCCUUCAGAGCCAGAACUCACUUGAUGCCCCUGGUCAGCAGUGCCAAAGUGUCCUCGUUUUAUAGCCAUUUUAAUUGUUUCUAUAGUAUAGUAGUUACUAUCCUAGUGUCUCAUUUUUAUUUUACUUAGUUUACAUGUUUUUCAUAAUUGUAAAGCGCUUAGAGCUUUAAGGUAAGCGCUAUAUAAAAAAUGCCUAAAUAAAUAAAUAUAUAUAUUUAUUUAUUUAUGUAUAUACGUGUAUAUUUAUUUAUAUUUAUUUAUAUUUAAUAGCUCCUACUUUCAUGAACUGAGCAAUUGAAAGAUAAAUUUGCAAUAAUAUCUUAAAUAGUAUGGCAUUCUGCCGUUGACAUUGGCUCAAGUCAUUUAUGCCAGUUAUGCGAUAUACUCUCAGUUGAUCUCUUAGUUUUAGUUACAUGAAGACAAAAUAAUUUCUUUUCUAAUGUCUUUUCAGUGGCAUUAAUAAUGAAGAAAUGGAAGAACACCAGAGAUACGUGGACGAGGGUUCUAAAAAGAACAAGGUCUGGCUCAAAAGCUGGGAAGACUUUUGCUUACCAAGAACAAAUGCGUUUCCUGCAGAAAGUCACAAAACCUCAAGCAAGUGAUUCAGUUUUCAACUUCCAGCUGCCAGAAGAAAAGCCUAGCACAAUUUCUAGUGACUUUUCUAACAGUGAGUUGAACUGUCCUGGAACAGGGUCUACUGACUUUUCUAACGUGAAUGGAUGCAACAAGAGUGAUCCCAAAGAAAUAAUGACAAUAUCACGGAAACAGUCUAAAGUAUUGCAAUCACACACGGAUAAACUUUCUCUAGACAUUGCUGAAACUUUGCCGGCAAAGGACGGCAGGCACCUGUCAUUUUUCAAAGGGAUCAUUCCAUCCCUAGACCCCCUCGAUGAGGAAGGGAUCCUGGAAUUUCAAGCCGGGGUCAUCAGUCUUUUACAAAAUGUCAGAAAGAGACGUGCCCUGCUGCUUGAGCCAUCCUCAAACUACUCAUUUAAAAGAUGCCACCAGAUUCACUAUUGACCAUUACCAGAUUCACUAUUGACCGUUACUAGAUAUCAAGGCUGUUUUCAUGUUCAUCUUAAUACCGUUACUCAUACAGUAAUCGUACUAUGCAGUACUGGUACUGUACUUAGCCAUUAUUUUUAUUUGAGCCUACUCCAUAUCAAUGAUUUGGGCAAUAUCUGAUGGACCAUCUACCACAUUUCAGUACCAUCUACCACAUUACAACGUUUCCAGUUGGCUUAGAUUUGAUCACUUUUGAAGAAGCAAUGAAAUUUUUCAAUAGUUCAUCUUGUCUCAGGAAUCUAAUAUUUAGUAUUUGUUUCUGCUACAAAUCUUAUUGUUGUCUAUUAAAAAAUAAAAAUAAAUCAUUUUUUGUCUUUUAUUAACUUUUAAUUUUAGAAAAUUAUAAUAUAAAUAGCCAUUCUAGAUUUUAUACUUCUUAGAGCAUUUUUUUAAAUUAGUAAUUUUAAGUUAAAGUCUGCACAUUUUCAGCUCAAUUUGAGAUUAGAAAGGGUUCAAAAUUAAUAUGCAAUAUUUGACCCACAGAGAUCACUUGAGGGUCAGGGGAGGUCAUUGGGGGAGUGGGGUAGUAAUGUACCUCUAUACAAAGUUUCAGCACAAAUGGACUUAAGUAACCGGGACAAAGUUGAGCCGAACAGACAAAAUCGCAAGCUAAUUAAAACUUGUAAUAAAAUAUAUUUAAGUUUCUUCUGUAUUUAAUUUGUCCUCAUAGAGUGCCUUACAAACCAUUUGAAUAAGAUUUCUUUGCGGAAUGCAUUUUAAGAAAUUUUAAAUUGUUUUAUACUUUUUGGUGCGAAUGGUCUUU